AUUGUGUUUCCAUUACAGCCAUUUGCAUUAUGUGACGAGUCGUGUUCUAGAUGUAGUAAAAUAAUUAUUUGGUUUUUCUUCUUUUUGGAUUAUUAAGAAAUAAGAAACAAAAAGCGCACUACAGAAAUACUAUCACAAUCGUCAACAGACACGUCAACCAAAAUGAGCGCUUUAACCGCACUUUUUUUAAUUCUGACCAUGUUUCGUUUAGCCCUAGCAUUUGAAGAUCGCGAACUGAUAUCAUAUCUUGGGAACACCGUUAUUGUUACUAAUGGUGAAUCCGUUAUAAACUACGAACAAAAACAGUGGGUUUCAACACGGGUUAUAGACCGCAAAAUUGGUGACCCAAACAGCUGUGACUGUUGCGCGGCAUUUUCACGACCUGCGUGGAUUCACAUUGAUCUUGGAGAGCCACAUCCGUUCAUAAGGAUUGAGAUAAUCGGUAGAAAUGAUAAAUAUAGUAGCCAGUCAAGUAACGUAAAUAUAUCUGUCGACGAUGGAUUUUCAAGCACUUCAACCAUAUACAAAAUACAUGAUUUAAAUGGAACGUUUACAGUAAAUAAAUCUGAAUCACUUCCUUUCGUUAAAUCAAUCAACGUGUCAUCAGUUGCUAGCGAUCAAUACAAUACGAUAUUGACAAUCUGUGAAGUUCGAGUUUUUCAAAAAGUUGUCAACAUAACAUCGCAGUCAUCCGUGUACCAAACGUGUUAUUCACAAAACGCUUUGAAUAACCUAAACUUUACCGAAUCUGGUGAAAAUGAUGGUCUAAUAUGUAAAGCCUGCAGUGUAACAAACGGGGAAGUGAAUAAAGAUCCCUGGUGGGAGCUUGACCUAGGACGUGCAUCGCUUCUGAGGGAAAUAUACAUUCUCGGUCGAACUGACACUACAACUGAGCUUAGCUCCCAAAGUAAAAACCUUGUCGUCUACAUAAGCAAUACAACGCUGAAAUCAUCACAACACUCAACGGGUGCGAUUUAUCACUGCACGGAUACAUCGUGUGGUCUAGUGUUUCCAAAACCUAGAAUCGCACGAUAUAUCAAUGUCCAUCAUUCACUCCAAUACCCCGUAUUAACGCUGUGUCGAGUUCGAGUAUACGCUGGAGAAUGCUCUGGACGAUACGGUGACAACUGCACAUACGAGUGUAGUAACAAUUGUCUUAACUUCGAAACCUGUAACAAUUUGAAUGGCGAGUGUCCAAGCGGAUGCAUUGAUGGAUAUGAUUACGACAUAGAUAAAACAUGUGCAACGCCAUGUUCAAGCAGAUAUGGGCAUAAUUGCACGAGUAUCUGUAGUACAAACUGCUUCAGCAAUUCAACGUGUAAUUUCUUAAAUGGAGAAUGUUCAAAUGGAUGUGCACCUGGAUACGACUAUAAAGUGGACAGAACUUGCAAAACUACUUGUGUCAGGAGGUAUGGUCUUAAUUGCACGAGCGAAUGUAAACACUGCCGAAAUAAUGCAACCUGUAGCAAUCUGAAUGGAACAUGUCCCGACGGAUGUGUGGCUGGAUACGACUAUGGUACAGAUAAAACAUGCACAACUCCAUGUUCUGGUUAUUUUGGAGAGAUGUGUUCAUCCCAAUGUCACUGUAAUAACACAGCUUAUGUUUGUGAUCCGUUCAAUGGCACAUGCGCGACUGGAUGCCUUCAGGGGUGGAGUGGAUCUAACUGUAGCGUUGAUCUAAACAUUAUACGUUCUGGAAAAUACAAUGUCAGCGUAUCCCAGUCGAGCAACUACAGUAAUUGCACUGCUGAGAGAGCGAUUGAUGGACUUUUGGGGACUCGAACCACAGACGACGCCGUGCUAUGUAGUAUGUGUAGCACAACGUCCAAUACACACGCUCCGUGGUGGCAGAUACAAUUCGAUAGAAAAAUACUUGGUUUAAGCGUCCGCGUGUUUGGCAGGAAAGAUCAAUCUAACACGUGGCAAAGCUCAAACGUGGAUGUGUACGUCAGCAAUGAAACAUUCACGGAUGGGAACAACGGUACUUCAGUUGGAAUCAUACAGGACCCAAGUUCAGAUUAUGGCGAAACACUUUCUCUCAACAAAAGUGUAUUCCAAUUUCUGCGUAUAAGACGAUGGGAUGACAGAUAUAUGACACUAUGCGAGGUGAAAGUAUUCGAUGCAGACUGUCUUCUUGGACGCUUUGGAGACAAGUGCCGUCUUCAGUGCAACUGCGUAGAUAAUAUGCAUUGUGAUACCGUUUCUGGCAAAUGUACCCACAACGGCUGUAAACCUGGAUGGCAGGGAGAUGCAUGCGACACAUUUUGUGGUUUGCACCAAUAUGGUCCCGGCUGUAGUUUAACAUGUCAUUGCAACGGUACAGACGAUUGCAACAAAACCAGUGGCAGAUGUCAAGGUGACUGCAGCAACGGGUGGAAAGGAGAAACCUGUUCAGAAACCUGUGAAUCUGGUUACUUCGGAGACAAGUGUGGUUCUCUGUGUCACUGCCACGAUGGUGCCUUGUGUGAUCACGUGUUCGGCAACUGUUCUGACAACCGAUGUUCGGCAGGAUGGAAAGGAGAAAACUGCAGUACCGCCUGUGAAUCUGGUUACUUCGGAGACAAGUGUGGUUCUCUGUGUCACUGCCACGAUGGUGCCUUGUGUGAUCACGUGUUCGGCAACUGUUCUGACAACCGAUGUUCGGCAGGAUGGAAAGGAGAAAACUGCAGUACCGCAUGCGACAAAAGUUUCUUUGGACUAAACUGCUCAUCUCUUUGCCAUUGCCUGAAAGACGAAUGUGACCACGUGCAUGGUUACUGUUCAAGCUACAAAUGUGCUCCGGGAUGGACAGGUCAUAACUGCAGCACAACAUGCGAACGCGGUUUCUUUGGAAUGAAUUGCUCAUCAUAUUGCCAUUGUCGAAAAAACGUAGAAUGUGACCAGGUGUCUGGUAAAUGUUCGGACAACGAGUGUUCUCCGGGAUGGACAGGUCAUAACUGCAGCGCAGAAUGCAUGCAGGGCUACUUUGGAAAUAAAUGUGAGACGCCAUGUCAUUGUAAAGACAACACUGUGUGCGAACAUAUCAACGGAUAUUGUCCUGGCAAUUUGUGUUCAGAAGGCUGGAGAUUCAAUAAUUGCAGUAUAGCAUGUGCACCUGGUUAUUACGGUGAAAAUUGUUCCAUGGACUGCCAUUGUGAAAAAUGUCAUAACGUCAAUGGCUCGUGUGCCUUUUAUUCAACACAGUGCCAUGGGGGUUUCCGACUGGAAGGCGAAUUGUGUACACCUGAAGACAAGAAGCCUUCAUCGACAGGAGCAAUUGGUGGCGGCAUAGGAGCUGCAAUAGCGGUCAUUAUUGUGAUUGCCGCCAGUCUGUUGUUCUUAAGAAGAAGAAUCAACUCUAAAAACACGCAUCGCAAGAGUGAUUCUACGGAACUAACCGAUAUAUCAAAAGUUCAAAGACACGAAAAUGCACAUGAAAAUGCCGCGUAUGCGGAUACUGAUGCGAAUUCUAAAGUAUACGCAAACACAGAUUGCGAUUACUACAGUUACAAUGACGUUGUCCCGGGAAUCGAGAUACAUUUACUGUGGGAUUACAUUCGCGGAAAGACCCAGCCUGGAUCAUCGUUUUUUGAGGAAGAAUUUGCCAAACUACCGGCAGGUUUAAUUCAUAAACACGACUUAGCUGCCGCCGUAGAGAACCGAGGAAAAAACCGCUACAGGGAGAUGUUUGCUUACGACCACUCCCGAGUGCCUUUGGAAAAGGAAAAGCCAAACGACUCCGAAUAUAUCAAUGCCAGCUUUAUUCACGGCUUUGGAAAAGUGACUAAGUUCAUUGCAUCACAAGGUCCAACGAAUAAAAUGAUCGACGAUUUCUGGCGCAUGAUUUGGCAGCAACGUGUAGACAAGAUUGCAAUGCUUACUAAUCUUAUAGAAAUGGGAACGUUAAAAUGCCUGCAAUACUGGCCAGAGGAAAUGAACGGUGUAUGCACGUACGGUGGUGUGGAAAUAAAGUAUGCAUCUAUAGAGGAGACGUUUGACUACAAUAUCAGAUCUUUUGACAUACGUCGGGGGAAGGAGUCACGACGUGUAAAACAGUUUCACUUCAAGACAUGGCCCGACAAGGACGUUCCCGAAACGACCUGGGGUCUGGUCGAUUUCUGGAGAGUCGUUGAUACUACUGAUGCAGCUAACAUUUCGCCCAUUGUUGUACAUUGCAGCGCGGGUGUUGGUCGGACGGGAACAUUUAUUGCCCUUGACAUAUUAAUUUCACAGGCAAGGAUGGAAGGAUCAAUUCGACCCCUUCAAAUGGUCGAGGCGCUGCGUCAGCAAAGGGUCAACAUGGUUCAAACAAAGGAGCAAUACAAAUAUCUGCACGAAGCCGUUGCUGAAGCACUACUGAUUGGGACACAUCCUGUUCUUACAAGGCAGUUCGCAAGCGUCGUCGACUAUAUGAUGGGCAAAGAGAAGGAAUCUAGGACUACACGACUUGAAGAACAAUUUAAUCUAAUUGUCAAAAGUGUCCAAGAGGUACCUGAAUCGGUUGAAGAACAAUCGUCGGGUCCAACAUAUGGGAAUAUGGAGACAGUCAUGUCGGAAAUAGACGCAUACCGACCGCAAUUGCAAAAGCGGGGUUCGAAAUUCAUCCAGCGACUGGGAGCCAUUUUCCUUCCGACUGUUGGCAAUACGAAUGCACUGUUAGUGUGCAUGUCACCCACCGACCAACACAUGGAAGAGUUCUGGUCCUUAGUCGACGAACAUCAUGUAACUACGGUUAUCAGCCUUGCUUCACCCGGCAGCGCGACAUAUGAGGCCUGUCAGUAUCUGGGUGCUCGAGGAAGCGGUCGGGUUGGACAGUUUUCUGUCAAUUACAUUCAUGAAAAGAAAAACAUAGGCAGUGUGGAAAGAAUUUUCUCAUUCAGAGAUGAGAAUCACGAGGAUGAGGACUACAUGACCACAAUAAAGCAGUUCCAGUUAACCUCCUGGUUGGAGGGACAUGACACACCUUCAGACUUGCAGUCAUUCCUUGAUCUACUUGAGGAGGUACAGAAGUGGCAUCCACACCUGUCCGACAAAAGACCGAUUCUGAUCCAUUGCCAAACUGGUUUCAUGCGCUGCGGACUUACCGCGCUGGUACUAAACGAGAUACAACGCAUCAGAAAAGAAAAUGGGCUAAUCAACAUUGUGGAAUCUGUCAAAACAAUAAAAACCAGGUGUCGUGAUUUGGUUCACAACAAGACACAGUACAGAUUUUGUUAUGAAGCCGUUUUGAAAUACAUAAAUACGUCGGGAACCUACCAGAACCUGUAAACCAAUCAUACAGACCGUUGACAUACUUUAAAAACGUACGAAAUUGUGGGCUUUUAUGGUCAUAGAAAGUGAUUAGGUAUUGAUAAGCCAGAUGACACUGAUGAAGUUGAGUUGGAGAUUGAUGAUAUCGAUGGUGAUGACGAAGAUUGUUCAAAUACUGAUUAAUACAACAAUGAAAUAUUAGCAUGAAUAAUCAUGUUUUGGCAUUUGCUUAAAUGUACUAGCACAACUGGAUGACUUUACUUUCACAUAGAUGAAUAUGGAAAUGGUUGCUUUUAGUCAUGUGAAAGAUUUUUGAUGUACACAUACUUAGUACAUAACAAGGCCGGAUGACAAUUAUAAUGUUCGUCAUUAUUUACUUUGUAAAUACAUUUUAGUUAAAAAAAUAUAUUUAUUGAAAGUAUACGUAGUUAAACUAUUGUUUUAUGUUGAUAAGAAUUGUGCGUGAUAAAUGCUAGUAGAUGUGUGUACAUAAAAACAGUACAUGUAUAAAAUAUGAUAAUUUAUCAUGUAUACAAAGUAUGUUUAAUGUCUAGAUGAAAUUAAAUAAUUGUUUGAUUUUCGUGACAAAUGUUGUUAAAAAAAAUAAAAUAAAAAAUAAAGUAUACGUAGUUAAACUAUUGUUUCAUGUUGAUAAGAAUUGUUCGUGAUAAAUUCUAGUAGAUGUGUGAACAUGAAAAACAGUACAUGUAUGAAAUAUAAUAAUUUAUUAUGUACAUAAAGUAUGGUUAAUGUCUAGAUGAAAUUAAAUAAUUGUUUGAUUUUCAUGCCAAAUGUUGUUACAUGUAACAGUUGUGUGACAUAAAAUGUUAGUAAAUGUUUUGUUUAUAAUGAUACUGUAAAUGUAUAACAUAUAGUACAGAUUUUUGCGUUCCGUAACAAAGUAUUGUAAUAAAUCAAGAAAGUCGUUAAAAGGACCAAGUGGUCCUUUUUCAACCUAUAAACACUAAUAUCAAUACAUUAGAUUAUGUUUAACUGAAAAUACUGAAUAUGUUAAAGGGCAUAUUUAAGCAAUGUUAGAUCAUUUAAAAUGUCAGCAGAUAAAUUUCGAAAUUUGCAGUGGGUAUGAAAACCGCUGAAAUAAAUCAGAUGAAAUGAAUUAAAAAAGAAAGAAUAUAUUAAAAAUUUAGUGGUUUUUAACCUACAAGUACACUGUACUCAUUGGAAUGUUUUGUUUUGAGCUAUGUUAUACGCAUAUGUACUAAGACGAAGAGUGCUUAUUAUUAUCGUGAUCACAUGUCUUUUAAAUCUAACUAUAUCAAAUUAUUCCAAAAAUUAGCAGUUUUGUGUUUGAUUUUGUUUAUUGUUCCUGAAAUCUCACUAAAAGUCUUCAUUAACAAAUGUUCAUGUUUGAAUUAAAUCAGGAGAACCUUUUGUGUGUUUUUAAUACAGUAUUUAGACUAAUAUGUUGAAAAUUAUUUCAGUAGAGUAAAAAUUCAAUGAACUAAAACCUGAAAAAUGGACUAAAACAGCAAAACUAGUUAAAAUUUAGUGGUUUUUAACCUACAUAAACUGUAAAAAAAAUAGUGGUUUUAACCUAAAAUCACUCUGCGAUUAUUGCAUGGUUUGUUUAGAGUGCAAUUGUAUAUAUGCGAACAAUAUUUGAUUGUUAUAAUGAUCACAUGUCUUAUAAAUCUAAUUAAAUCAAAUUAUUCCAGAAAUCAGCAGUUUUGUGAGUGAUUUUAUUCAUUUCCCCCCAAAAUCACUAAUAGAUGCUGAUCAAAAAAAGUCGUUGUUGGAAUGAAACAAGGAGGCCAUAUGUGUGUUUUUAAAACACUAAUUAGACAAAUAUGUUGGACAUUGUUAACUUUGUAAAAAGAAUUUGCAGAAUUAAAAAUUGAAAAAUGGGCAAAUUCGGCUAAAAAAAAUGAGAAUUUUUGUGGUUUUUAACUUUAAAAAAAAAUACCUGGAAAAUUAUAUUUUUUUCACUGAAUUAUCGAAAAGGUCUCUGAUACCUAUUUUAAAACCCCAAAACGGAAACCCUGGGUUAAUUCGCAUGACUGAAAAUGUGUUUUUAUUUAAUUAUUCCAGAAAUCAGCAGAAAAACUUUCGAUUUUGAGUAAUUUUACCAAAAAAAUCAUAGAUAUAAAAGGCUGUGACACUUAAGAAAUGGGUUUUCUGGAAAGAUAUAAAAUACCCUUUUCAAAUAUACAAAAAAAAUCUUGGCCUCAAAACUUGCAAUAAACACCCGUGGGCUCUCGGACUAUAUGCGAUGUUAAUUGAUAGGAUAUCAGUUUUCUCAUUGCUGAUUGCAUAUAUUCAAGUAUUUGUUAUAUAGUUACCAUGCUGUGUGCACAUACAUUUAUAUGUAAACAUAUAAAGUAUAUUAUUUUAAACUACAAAUUUGUUUUUAGAAAUUAUAUUGAAGAAUGCAGAUUAUGUAUUAUAUAACACUUUGUCUUUUCUAUUCAAAUUACCUCCACAAAUGCGUUUAACGCUUAAAACAACAGUAACAACCAGUUAUUGGCUUAGUUUACCCAUUCAUUGAUGAUUUCAAAUGUCUCAAAUAUCUAACCUGCAACUGUUCAUGGUGGGGGCAAUUAUAUGCUGGGACAAUUGAGAUAAAGGUUGCCAACUUAUUUUGUUUCUUUUUUGAAAUGUGUGAAAAUGGUUUGUGCAAGGUUAAUAGUCAAUAUUGAUAGACGUAUUAACAAGGAUGGCGUACUUCUAUACCAUUGAAUUAUCACAAAAUAAAAACAGAAUGCUUGAAAGUUCAUAGUUCGAUUUCAUCUUUGGCACAUUAUUUUCUCACUUAAAGCCACAUACCUUGAAAUGAAAUACACGUUAAUCAAUACAUAUAGAUGAAAGUGUGCAAAAUUGUCAUUAAAUCUAAAGCCUGGUUAGCAAGUAAUUUAUUAUUAUUCAAACGGUACCGCUUUUAAACCCGAAAGUAGGAUGUAUACGUCCAUUUCGACAAUCGCGAUUAUUUUUAAGUUUUAAAGCGCAAAAAGACGGAUUUAUACCUUGCAACUAGCAGAUUUAUUCUUAUUGGCAUAGAUAAAAUUAAAUCAAUAGCCUAUUUAGCAAGUAAUUUUUUUGUCAAACGGUACCGCUUUUAAAACCGAAAGUAGGAUUUCUAGACGUAUACGUCCAUUUCGACAAACGCGAUUCUAUUUAAGUUUUAAAGCGCAAAAAAGACGGAUUUCUACCUUGUAACCACCAGAUAUAUUCUUAUUGGAAUAGAUAAAAUAUGUUUCUUAUUUAUACUUAAAUUUACUAUGCCAAAUAAGUUGUGUGGCUUUAAAAGUUACAAAUGCAUCAUUUACAGUUGAUCCAUUUGCAACAAUAUCUUUUCUUCACGAUUUCGUUUUUAUGUUUUAGUUCUGUUUUUGAUAGGAUUGUUUGUUCCAACAAAAAAGAUUCUAUUCUAGAUUAACACUUUUUAAAAUGAAAAACUAUCAGAUCUAACUAAUUCUCAAAGGUGUUCUUAUCCAUGGAAAUAUAUGUUUUAUAUCAAUCGUAUACUUUCUCUGUUCAUUAGAUGCAUUAUAUUUUAAUCAGAAUUUGUUAUAUAAUUAGAGAGUAAAUAAUAUGCAGAAACUAUUGUUUUUCUAAUAAGAUAACAUAGUUGUUAAUGCAUAUCUUUGUGGGUUUUUUUAAUGUAUCGUUGAAUAUUACAAAAUAUAGGUUACACAAACUGUUCACAUAUUCAUGUAACACAACGUCAUACUAUUAUUAUUAAAGACACGUUUUGUAUAUUAAUUCGGCUCAAACAAACAUCA